GCGACAGGGACUGACAAGAUGGCGACCAUUUUAGAAACAGAGGAGUUACUGGCGUGAAGGAGAGGCUCGACAAACCAUGCCCUGGGAGGGUCCCAAUCCUCAGCGCACCAUGGACACCAUGGUGAUAUGAAGCCAGUGUUGAACGUUGACACACACUCACUGACUCACGCCACACACGGACGGUCAGUUGUUGACUGACGCGGUCGGCCAGGUGUGUGUGUGUGUGUGUGUGUAAUGGACAGGUGUAAGCAUGUGGGGCGGCUGCGGCUCGCCCCGGACCACUCCAUCCUCAACCCGCAGAAGUGGCACUGCGUCGACUGCAACACCACCGAGUCGAUAUGGGCCUGCCUCGGCUGCGCCCACGUGGCGUGCGGGCGCUACAUCGAGGAGCACGCCCUGCAGCACUUCCAGCAGCAGCGCCACCCGCUGGCUAUGGAGAUCAACGAACUGUACGUGUUCUGCUACCUGUGCGACGACUACGUCCUGAACGACAACGCCACCGGAGACCUCAAGCUGCUCCGUAGCACGCUCAGCGCCAUCCAGAGCCAGCGCUACGAGGUCACCACCCGCAGCGGGCGCACGCUCCGGUCGGCCAGCGCCGCCCCCGACGCCCUGAUGCCGUCCGGCGCCCGCGAGCUGCAGCUGAGGGACGAGGACCGAAUGUUUACGGCUCUCUGGCACCGCCGCCGGGCGCUCAUAGGACGCGUCUUCCGCUCGUGGUUCGGCCUGACUGACUGCGGGAAAAAGAGGGCGGAGGAGGAGAGGAGGCGGGAGGAGGAGGAGGAGCAGAGGAGGGAGGCCAGGGAGAGGAGGCAGGCUCUAAAGAGGCAGCUACAGGAGGAGUUUGAAAACACUCCUCUGAGGAAGAGCAGUCGCCUGCUCCGGAGAAGCCAGAGAGUCGCGGACGCGUCGGUCGCAACGCCGACCUCCCGUGCCACGCGCAACAAGACAAAGACCCCCGAGCCCCCGUCAGUCGCCCGCAGUCCGCGGACUCAGAGCCCCGCCGCUGCCGCCGCCGCCACCACCGCCGCCACCACCCCCAAGAAAGCUGCACAAGUUAAAAAGAACCAGGCGACUCCCAAACCCCGGAGCCGCUCUUCCGCAACCAAAUCUAAGCCCAAAACGCCCUCAGCGACCGCUCGUGCUCCCGUCCGCCGCAAGCAGACCGCCAAACAGGGGGGCUCCCCCUUCAAACGACGUCCCACCGUCACUCCCGGGGUGACAGGCCUUAGGAACUUAGGGAACACCUGUUAUAUGAACUCCAUCCUGCAGGUGCUGAGCCACCUGCACGUUUUCAGGGAGUGCUUCCUGCGUUUGGACCUGACCCAGGCGCUGGAGCUGCUGGCGUCCGCCGUCCACGGCCAGCUGGCGGGACAGGCCUCGCUGCAGUCGACCCUGGUCCAGCAGAGGAAGGGGUUCCAGACCAGCUCCGGCUCCGGGGCGGGUCUGAGCGGCGGGGCGUCGCGGACCCGCAACAUGGAGCUAAUACAACCCAAAGAGCCCAGCUCGAAGCACAUCUCCCUCUGCCACGAGCUGCACACCUUGUUCCAGGUCAUGUGGUCCGGCAAGUGGGCGCUGGUGUCGCCCUUCGCCAUGCUGCACUCGGUGUGGCAGCUGAUCCCGGCGUUCAGGGGCUACGCGCAGCAGGACGCGCAGGAGUUCCUGUGCGAGCUGCUGGACAAGGUGCAGCACGAGCUGGAGAGCACGGGCAAACACACGACCACGGCGGGAGUCCCCCAGAAACGGCUCAUCAAGCAGGUGCUCAGCGUGGUCAACACCAUCUUCCACGGCCAACUCCUCAGCCAGGUGACGUGUCUGGCCUGCGACCACCGCUCCAACACCGUGGAGCCGUUCUGGGAUCUGUCGCUGGAGUUUCCCGAGCGCUACCACAGCAACAGCAGGGAGUCGACCGCUCAGGCGUCCUGCCAUCUGACGGAGAUGCUGGCCAAGUUCACGGAGACCGAGGCUCUGGAGGGAAACAUCUACGCCUGCGACCAGUGUAACUCUGCCAGACGACGAGCCUCCUCCAAAACGGUCGUCCUGACUGAAGCACAGAAACAGCUGAUGGUUCACAAACUGCCUCAGGUCCUCCGGCUUCACCUCAAACGCUUCAGGUGGUCUGGUCGGAACCACCGGGAGAAGAUCGGAGUCCACGUCAGCUUCGACCAGCUCCUCAACAUGGAGCCGUACUGCUGCCGCGAGCCUUCGCCCAAAGGCGUGUCCUGCUCCAGCCCCGGCAGCCCCAGCGCCGCCGGCUCCCCGCGGCCAAAGCACUUCCUCUACGAGCUGUCCGCCGUGGUGAUGCAUCAUGGGAAGGGCUUCGGCUCCGGCCACUACACUGCCUACUGCUACAACACAGAAGGAGGCUUCUGGGUUCACUGUAAUGACUCUAAACUAAACGUGUGUUCGGUGGAGGAGGUCUGCCGCGCUCAGGCCUACAUCCUCUUCUACACACAGCGAGUAACUCAGGACAAAGACCGGCCGCUAUAGGACCACAACCACCUCCUCCUCCUCCUCCUCCUCCUCCUCCUGCAGCCCAGCGAGACGAUAUCAGCACAGCCCCACCUAUCGCUCUUUAUUUCUUUAUUUGGGCAUUUUUAUACCAUGGGAGGUCUUUUUUAAUCUAUUUUUUAUAAAUAAGAAAAAGAAAGAAAGAGAGGAUGGACUCCUUUUUUUUUUAAAAGAAAAGAAAAAAGAAUCUGCUUUAUGUUAUUCUUGUACAUGGUGUUUAUAUGUAGGUAUUUUUUUAAAGAGAUGGUGACGUUUUAGAUUUUAUGUACAGUUGUAUUUUAUAAAAAAAAAAAAAAAAAGAAAAUCAGAGAGUAUCAGCCAAGACGUGUCUCGGUAGCAGCCAGCAGACUCUGGCCAGGCGUGACUACAUUACAUUACAUUAUAAGUGUCCUCUACAGGUGUGCUCACAUGUCCGGUGGCAUGUUGAUUGUAAAAAAUGCUGUUUGCUCGUUUUUUAAAUCAGCUGAAAUGUUUCUCAGUCACUUUAGGUAGUCGGCACAGAACUGGAUGUGGGGGUUUGUUAAAUGUCAUUGGCAUCGGCGUGCUCCACACAGGUGAACGGUUUCACGGAUGUGAACUAUCUGGCUGUAUUUCGGCCCUUCGUCCUUCCAGAGAUGCACUAAUAUCUUACUACAGGUCGCCCAGUGUUGUCGUCGGCCGCUCAGUGUUGAUAGAAAUCUGCACACAAGAAAAAUCCAGGAAGUUUAUUUUUAACUUUGAAGUACUCUUUGGGGGGUUUGAGCAUUUAUAAAACAGUUUUAACAUUUUGCUGGAUUGUUGUUUUUUUUAAAAAAAUCUUUUCUUUCUUCUUUUGCUGAGAGAUUAAAAAGUUUUUAGCUGACUGCUGCCAUCUCUCUGCUGCAGAAUGUAACUGACUUCAGAAGUGCGAACCAUCCCCAACCAGAUACUACUGUACUAGAAAAGUGCCCUUUUGCCAACAAAGCAAAUCUAUUUUUAUCGAUCAUAUCACUUCAGCAAAGAGGGACGUGCACAUCUGCAAUCCUACACAGACCAGCAUUUAGAUUAUGAAUGUAUUUUCAUACAAUCCUUCUCAGAGUUUAUUUUUGUUUUUUAAAAAAGAGGCCAUUGACUGUUCAAAAGUUUUACCGCUUGUUCUGAUUGUUCAACACCACCAGCAGUUCAGACAGAUUUCACUUGUCACCAGUGAGUACAUGCUGUAUGUGUUCAGUAAAAGACUAUUUUAACAGGAUUUCUGCACUGUGUACAGAUUGCGAUAUUUAUCUCCACAGUGGAGACAAAGUUUAAAAAAAGAAAAAAGAAAAAACAAAUCUCCACCUCAAUAAUGUUCCCUCCGAUUGAUUUAUCAGAUGGGAAACAAAGCUCACUUCAUCUUACUUUUCUUUCAUUGUCAGAGGCUGUGAUACUGUGUUACUUGUUGGUGUUUUGGUUAUUACUCCACGGAUGGAUGUGUGUGUAAAUUUAUGGAAGUUAUACUAUGCAAAUUGUUACCUCAAUUUUUUUCUAGAGAAAAUUACCUCAAUAAAUGAGAAUAUUUUUUCAUUUUUCUAUAAA